CUACUUUUCUGUCAGUUUAAAAAAGUGCAUUUGAAAAUAACGAAAACAUCUUCGGAAGUAGAAACUGUUUAUUGUUGUAAUUGUUAUUCGUUAUACUUGUAUUUAUAUAUUGCUAAAAAGUGGAUUGCGGAGCGUGUUUCAUAUGUAAAAAUGGAUAAUCCCAUGAUGACUCCCAAUAAAAUACUAAAACUUAUACAUUUAGCUGAAGAUAGAUCGUUUCAAGCAGCUAAAGCACAGAGACGACGAGAUUUCGAUGAGGAAGAACAUAAGAGCAUUACAUAUGAGAUCGUAGAAAAUAAACCGACGUACGCCGAAUCUUCAUCAAGCAUUUUGGAUUUGGAAAGAGUGGAGGGUUUUGGUGAAUCAGGUCAGGGUGGUUCAUCAAUUAGUAAAUCUGCCAUAUUUAAUCCUAACGAACUGACAGGAAGAUCCACGGGUACUGAAGACACCAACCGUAAAACAAUGUCUAUGGAUCGUUAUGAUAUUGGUGAUCUGAAGAAUAAGUUAGAUAAGCAGACGUUACAAGUAAAAGAAGUUAUGAGAAACUCAAUUGCUACGAAUUAUUCUUUUCAUUCUAAGAGGGACUUGUCUGCUGAUGAAGAAUCUCUGAUAAGGAGAGAGGGUGUUUUUCCUUUCCAACCAACUAACACACUUGGUGAAAUAACACCAACAAAUGCAUCUUCAUUGUCUGUUGGUGCUUAUUUCAAGAGUAAAUGUCCUGAGUUUGGGAACAUGCUUGCACACACCAACAGUCCUAACAAAUCUAUGAUGUUACCAAGUAUUACUGAAGUAUCAGCAAAAUCUUCAGAUAUAAAUGCGGCACAAAGUUUCAAUUUAGACCCAUCAUUGGACAGUGUACCAGUGCGGCAACCUCGCGCCACUAACAUUAUCCACGAAAAAACUCAAAACCUCAAUAAUGCCACAGAAAAGUUAUGUGAUAAACCACAAUUCAACUCUACAAGUAAGAUAGAUAAUGAAGUAAUAAAUAAAGACAUCAAAAACCAGGAAUCUGCAAUAAAUAAACAGAAUCAGUUCUUAAAACAAAAUCAGUCGAAGUUGGAACAAAGUUUUUCCGCUUUUAUGAAAAGCAAUAAAUUAAUGAAUUCAACCACGAAACCCACAGAUAUUUUGUUGAAAAAUUUUCAUGCUUCUCUAAGACCGUAUACUGAUGACUCUGAAGAUCAUGAGAAUAGCUCAUUGAGUAUUUCAAAAAUUGCGGAUUACUUAGGUAAACAAUCAAACGUAAGUGUAGCUGGUUUAUUGUUAAAUAAUCAAAAGAAACAAAAAAAAUCACCUCUCGCAGAAGUACAUUUAAACAACCAGGCUGUUAAUGAAGACAAUUUAGUGUCUUAUUUGAAAGAUACGAAAAGAACUGAGACAGCGAGUACCACUGGCACCGUAGACACUGUUAUAUCAAUGGAUAAACUGAGAAUUAAUGAAAUGCCGCAACUGAUAGUAACUCAUCAUUCACCUAAAAGAGACGAUUUUAAAACGGAAGAUGUUAAACGGUCGACGAGGUCUCGUUCACCGUCGAGUAAAAGCCAGUCGACUCUUAGUACUGUGCAGGAGAAUUUCCACAGUUUUAAAUCUGGAGAUAGCCCUUUGCACACUAGUAAAGGCGAGGCUAAAACAUCACAUGUACCUUCCCCAAAUACUGUGUAUAGAGAAUUAGAUAAGUCUGUAGAUUGGCGCGAGGUGUUACAACAAAAGAGUUUUAAACGAGAAGGCUUGGUUAAAGAACAAUGGGCAGAUAUUAUUACCUCAGCUGUCGAGGGAUUUGUAGGUGUGAGUUGCGCAAUAAACAUAGCAGUCACGACUCUGACGGAAAGUUGGCUCACGGGUAAAUUGCAGUUUGAUAAUUUUCCUAAUGAAGGCAAAGAUUUCACGAUGGAGUUGCCUAGACAGCCAAUACUGCUGUCUCCGGGAAAGACUGAACAAUUUACCGCUUAUCUCACAUCGAACUUCGAAAUCAACGCAUCGCUGCCUUUCACAAUACUCUUGAAAGAUGCUUCAAUCGACUGCGAUUUGGAACAAAAGGGGACCGUAGACGUUAAUAUAAAAAUGCCCGUCGUUCAGGCAAUGUCAUGCGACGGAGUCAAUAAGAUAUGCUAUCCACCGAUACAGGAGAAAACUACGCUAAUCAAAUCAUUUGUUCUGCUAAGUGAUUCUCCCGUAGAUUUACAGUUAGAAUUGUUGAUAGUGGAGGGUGAUACUGUGUUUACCAUUAAAAAUGUUCAGGAAAUAAAAAGGGGCGAUAUCAAUAAAAUAUUGAUGGACCGACAAGGUUCGACUGAAGAUGGCACAAGUAAAGCUAAGAACAAAAUGAUGAACAGACAACUGUGUAGAUUGAGCAGCGGCAACGCUAUUAGGGUUACAAUCAAAUUCAAUCCGCCGAAAUUGUCUGAUUUGAAUGUUGAUGGAAACUCGUUACUAACAUUAAAUGGAACGCUUGUUGUGAAACUGAUGGGUGUAAACACACUCUUAAGGAAAAUCGAGCUAACAGGCGUUGUAGGGUCUGUUAAUCUCGUCAUGACAAGUCAAUCCAACCAACUGCAUAUAACAAAAGAGCCGUCAACAAUAACUUUGGCGAACAAGGGUACGAUAACAGGCGUAUGGGUUGUUAAAAUACAAAGUCACUCGGAAGAUUACUUCCCUUUCAAAGUGGCGCCAUCUAAGUUUGAAAUUCGCCCUGGAUGUACAAAAGACAUUCAAUUAAGUUACUUGGGACCCGAAGACAAUGUUCAAGAAGCGUCGUUGGUUUUCGAAGAGACCGGUUCAGGAAACAAAACCUCUUUGAGUAUAUUUGGUGGAAUGGAAAAGAAGAUAUUUCCCAUAAAAACUAAUUAUCACAUUAUGUCUUGGGUGCGAUCUGGGAGGAAAGAGCUUAGUUUGAAGAACUCCAUGAAUAAAAAGGUCCACAUAAGGUGUCAGAUCGUCGGCGAAGGGUUUUCAGUAGAUCUGCCGGGCGGCGAAUCAAGGGGCAUCUAUAGUCUCGCGUUCGGGCCCAACGAGUGUAGACCUCUGCCGAUUAUUUUCUCGCCGACAUGUCAUUAUCCUCAGUCUGCCACUUUACAUUUGGUAUACGAUAAGAACAGUGAUUUUUCGAGAAAGAUAAGUCUGUACGGGUGCGAAGGCGGGUCGUCGCUGAAGUGGUCGGGGCUGGUGACGUACGGCGACACGGCGCUGGUGCGCGCGCUGGCGCGGGCGCCGCUGCAGCUCGAGCUGUACAACCGCGCCGCCACGCCCGCCUUCCUCUGUGCCCACGUGCGCUUCAACCUGCAAUACGCCGCGGCGGCGCGCGGCUGCGUGGUGUCGGGCGCGCGGCGCGUGGUGUGCGCGCGCGCGCGUCACGCGGUGUCGGUGUCGCUGCCGUGGGCGGCCAUCGAACGCCGCGCGCGCGCUGCGCACGUGUCGGCGCUCGCCACCGUCACCGUGCUCACCGGCUCAGAGUUCACGCGGCGCAGGAUACUCAGAAUUGUUGGGAAUGAAUCUAAUGGCGAAAUAGAUACAACUUUACUCCCUGAACACUUGAGAGUGCUGGCUGAAAAGUUUGACGGAGAAGAUACGGCUUUGGAUAACUACUUGAAAGAUUUCAAGGAAACCAAAUCGUCACUGCACGAACUCAUUGGCGGGCUUCAAGAGUUGACAGCGCAGAUCGACUUGCCGCAAGACUUCGGCGAAGACGCCACCAUUAUUAUAAGCGAUGAGACUGUGUUAGAACAUCAUACUCUUUGUGAUUAAGCUAGAAACUAUUUAUAAUUUACAAAUUCCCAUGUCUGGUACGUAUUAUUGGUAAUUGUUUUUGUCUUUAUACUGUCUGUCAACCCAUUGAGGUGUAUUUUAAAUUCAUUAUUUUAUUUGCUUCUUUGUUAGGUUGAGUACUAUACUUUGUAAAAUUCAGGACGAGCACUGUGACAGUUGUCAAAGUAAUGUGAGUUGGAACAUGUUGAAAAUAGACUAUUAGUAUCGAUUAUUAUUACAAAUUGUUAUCGAUUAAAACAUUUUUGGGUUGAUUAUAAUUAAUAGUAGGGAACUAAUAAUAUUUCAAAGAAAUUAACCAGUAGUGAUAUGUUGCAUAUUUUUAUUUAUUUAAUAAUGACUGUACAGAUUAAUUUUUAUUUAAAAUAAUUAUUUCUAUUCGAUUUAUUCUUUUGCUAAAUCAAUAACUUAUAAUCGAUAGUAAGGAACGUUACUAUUACUACAGUUGCACCAAUAAAAUAUUAUAUUUUUUGCGUACAUUAUACGAUCCAAGAAUAUAAAAUUUUAUAGGCGUGAUUUCAAAGAAAGAGGCCUUAUUCUCUAUGAAAGUGUGAACUCGUAAUACGGCCGUGUUACGUUAUCUUUUAUGAAAUUAGUGUAGAAUGAUAUUCUGUUCACCAUUUAUUUUGUCUUAAACAAGAUACGGUGCGUUACGUUCCUGUUACACACUAUCAAAAUAACGUGUGGCAUAGAGAUUAAGACCCCAAUUAGAUAGGGCUCAUCCUAAAUAUUACAAAGUAUACCGUGUAUUGUAGCGCAACAUGUGACAACGCUUCCACAAUAGACAGGUAUGAAUCUUAAGACUAAAUAAGACGGUUUUGAAAGAUGUAUAAUGUAAACAGACGUGGGGAAUGGCUCAAGAAAAAUGAUUUUUUUAGUUAAUUGUACUUAAUACUUGGAUAAUAUUAUAUCGGAUUUAGAAAAUAAUAGAAACAGUUCGGUACAUACUUUACUUAAAUCUUUUAUUUAGUAUAGCAUUACUUUAGAAAGCUACACCAUGGAGGCGGCGGCAUUGAAAAUAAACAAAUAUUACAUUAUUUUAUUUUGUAUUAAGUACUUAAAUGUAAUUAUUUGGGAAUGAAGUUAAUUAGCACUAUUUUCCCUUGCCUCAGCACUAUUCUAUAACUAGUUAUGAUGAGUGGUUGUCGCGGAUAUUUUUUUUUAAUGACUUUAUCUCGUCUGGAUUUAAGCUUCAAUAAAAAUUAUCAAUUGCAUACAAUUAUAAACAUACUGUCGGCGUUUUCGAUAGCCACUCGAUUGUGCUUUUUACUAGAUUUUUUAUUGAAGUGACAUUGCGUGGUUGAUGUUUUGAAUUUAUAAUAAAUGUAAUAAAAAUCGAUAAAUCUUUUCUUUGUAUGCAAAUCGAAAUUAAGAAUUUUUAAUUCUCAUAAUAAUCUGUUAUUUUGGUACUGAGGUUACUGUUUAGUGUCAUAACAACCUUCAGUAUUUAUAGCUACAUUUCUCUGUACUUAUUCUCUUCUUGCCAUUUUUAUGUGUUAAUAUGAUUUGAUUUGUAAUUUCUGUGUGUGUAUGUAUUGUGUAUAGAAAUGUCCGUCCACAAAAUAUGUAAUACUCAAAAUUAUCUUAAAAAUACCAAAAAGAACACCUGAAUACCAGAAAUAAACAAUUUUUUAAUUCA